AGUCCACAGCAAAUUACUGCAACCUACCAGCCUCCUGCGUUAACGAGUGGUACGGUGCUCCUUGUGACGAGACCCUGCUCCUAUCCAUCGACUGUUCUGUGGCCAACAAGCCUCCACCUUCCAAACGUCGAUCCCGCGCCACAAACUACACCCAACAACGAGACAGCCAACUAUACCCAUACGCAGCCGCGCCAUCACAACCACGUACGCCGGUACGUGCACCGGCACCCCCGCCCAGGCUAGCCACGAACCAUGGACGACGUGUGGCCGUGGCUGGCCUCCCUGCCUCCUCCUGCAGGGGGCCCCGACACGUCGCCGCCGUGGUCCCUCCCGCUCGCCGCCUCCCCCGACGGCGCCUCCAUCGUCCUGCAGGCGGACCCUGCAGCCUCUGCAUCUGACGACGGCGAUGACGGCGAGUCCGCGCUCAUCGCGUUCUCCCUCGCCAUAAACGGUGCGAACGGCCUGGCGCGCGGGCUGUGGACGUCCAACAACUUCGAUGCGUCCUCGCCGGUCGCGUUGCGGGUGCAGCUGCUGGUUCAGCUCCUGAAUGAGGUGCUCGCUCUCUCACCGCACGUUCCUUGCCUGACCACGAACGUUGACCUUGGGGACACGUCCGAAGCCAAGCUGGAUGCGGAGGUCGUGUCCCGCGUCGUCGGGGUAGCAGGCACCGAUGUCUCCGAGCCCGCCGCCGCCUUCUUCUCGCUGGCUCUUCUGCUGCGCCUCUUCUGGUCGUGUGCCCUCGAAGCCCCCGCGGACUCCGGGUACCUCUUCUUCCGAGUCCUUGGUGUGGACAUCGAGCGGGCCCUUUGCGAGUGCCGGCUGGCGCUCGGCGUGUUCCUGCGCUCCGUUGGCCCGGACGUCGAAGAACGGUACAUGCGGUCGCUCGGCUACAUGCUCGCCAAGUGGUGCUUGCUUCGGGAGAUACAAGCCGGGUCGGCGGCCAAGCCGGCGCUGCCGGAAGUAUCGCCUCGUCGUGCGCUCCCUGCCGCAUGGUUGUCGUACGCCACCGAAGUGCAUGGCCUCUGGGUCCUGAAAGGCUACGCCCCGGUGCUUGCCAUGCCGCUUGUCACGGCGUCGCCGCACGAGGUGCCCGAGGAGCCGGCGCUGCGGUACGGCCUGGUGCACCAGCAGCUGGAGACCGUGGCGCAGCUGGAGUACGCGGUGCACAUGCGUGACAAGCGGUUCAUAACCGUCUCCGUGCGCGUCGACAACGUCCGGGUACGCGUCGCGCGGCUCGGGUUCCGGAAGGACGACGCGGAAGCCAAUAACGAGGAAGACGCCGACGCCGACGCCGACGACAUGGACGGCGAGCGCCAUUUCCCGUCCCGCAUCCGCCUCUGGGUCGGACCCCGGUUCGGCGCGUCCUACGCCACCGGCCCGAGCCUUGGCCGCUCGACGGGGAACCCGGAACGUGACGUCGAGAUGACGCGCACAGUCAAGGGCGCCUUCUCCGGCGCCACCAAACUAGCCAAUGGCAACGGAGGUAACGCGCCAAGAAUGAAGGCCAAGAUGCGCUCGUCGGCGCGGUCGCGCAACCGGAGCUGGAGGUGGGAGCAGGAGGCGGAGGGCAGCGCCGGCGUGUUCGAGGGCGUGCUGUACGACCCGGUCACCGGGACGGAGGUGUCGUCGUGGCGCCCUGGCUUUGGCAGUGGCGGCACGGGAGUGGCCGACCCACGGAACGGCAUGCGACGGCGGUACGGCGGGCCCGGGCGGGCGUUCAGCAAGAUGCGUGGGCUGGUUGUGGCCCGAGACGAGCUGCCGGAGGAGAUGACGUGGAGAGUGGGGAGGGAAGUGGAGGGGAGGACGGUGCGGUGGCGCGUGGGGUUCAAGGCAUGGGUGAGCUACGUGCCCAACGAGGUGAGGAGCCGCCACUUCGAGACCAGGUGCGUCGAGUGGGCGCACGAGGUGGAGCUGCCGCUUGUCGCCAUUAAUUGCGACGAGACCUAAGGAUUGAAUUUUCACAUCGCCGCUUAUUAGCACUGUAACAGAGACUACAGAGUAGGUAAGGAACAAUGAAAUGUAUAGAUUUACGGAACAGUGGAUCUUUUGUAUACGGGGUUGUAUCAAUUGUUCCCGCUAAUGAUAUCUUACGAUUUGCAAA